CGAUACCGCGUUGUUUUUAUUUCGUUUAUUAACCAGGAAAUGUGCGAGACGCAAGGUAGGCUCGAUGGAAAAGUUGCCAUCGUCACCGGAGGCAGUUCCGGGAUCGGAUUCGAAGCUGCGAAGAAUUUAGCAUAUAGAGGGGCUAGAGUUAUUAUCGCCAGUCGAAAUUCUACUAAACUAGUCAAAGCUAGAAAUAAAAUACAAAGUGUCACCGGUAAUAAGAACAUAGAGCAUAGAGUGCUUGAUCUUGGAUCGCUAAAAUCUGUUCGGAACUUCACGGACUUUACGAUAAAGACAGAAGAAAGACUCGAUGUGUUAGUGAACAAUGCAGGAGCGCUAGGUCUAUCAGAUCGGCUGACAGAAGACGGAUUGAACCUUACAAUGCAAGUAAAUUACUUCGGUACAUUUUUAUUAACUUAUCUAUUGCUGCCUUUGUUAAAAGCAUCCGCUCCGAGUAGGAUUAUUAACAGUGUUGCAGUAGCAAUGUACAUCGGACAUUUGGAUUUCGAUCAUUGGAACGACGUUGGGAGAUACACUACAGUACAAGUAAUGGCUAAUUCCAAGCUGGCAAUGGAUUUAUUUAGUGCGGAGUUGAGCCGACGCUUUAAAGAUAGUGGAGUUACUGCAAAUACUUUUGAUCCUUACAUCACAAAAGACACUGAUAUUUUAAAUAACAUGGAAGGUCUUUCGAAGAAUAUCUCUCAGUUGUUUGUUGAUAUAGUGGGUCAGCCUAAAGAGGAUGUUGGUAAGCAGAUCGCAAUGUUAGCUGCCGAUCCAGAUAUGGCAAAUAUAACUGGGAAACAUUACAAGUUUUGUAGAGAAUGGAUAAAUCAUUGGCUAGCAUAUGAAGAAGAUUUUACUCAACAACUUUGGGACGCUUCAAAGCAAGUUGUAAAUAUAACUGCGGACGAAGACUGGGACAUAUAAUUUUAAGGUGAUUGAAGUGCAAUUGUGAAAAUUAU